CAGGGAGGCCAGCGGAUGUGAUGCUCACAAUUACACUACAGCCAGGUGGUGAAGUUCAAAGUACUCUGGGCCAGCUGCAGGCCCCAGUUCAGCCUGCGGGGAUCUCGCAAGGGGAAUCCCCUCCCUCAAUCCCACAAGAGGCUCCAGCUCAGACUCCAGGCCCUUCUGUAGACCUAGAGCCUUUCCCGAGUAAUCAAGAGGAGUCUGCUCAGUAUGCUGAGCCUUCAGUGGAGGUGGAACCUCUAGGCCAGCAGGUGGCCCCAAUUCCUCCUGCUCCAGGCCCAUCUGUGGGAACAGAAUCUCUUCCAGGCCACCAGGUGACCCCAGCUCAGAGUGCACGUCCUUCUGUGGAGGUCACAUCUCCUCCCACCCAGCUGGAACAGCCAACUCAGGAUGCUGAGCCUUCGUUGGAGGCAGAACCUUCUCCAGGCCAGCAGGAACAGAAAGCUGUUGAAGAGGUUGAGUCUAUAUCUUCGCCAGAAAUACCUCAGGAAGAGGAACCCUCAUCUGAGGAAAUCAGACUGUCUCCAGCCCAGCAGGAAGCUCCAGCUCCAGUGUCAGAGACCGAAGAAGUGAAAUCUCCACCUGCAGAGUCUCAUGAGGCGGCAGUUCCUCCUGAAGGUCAGUCUCCAACAUUGCCGAGUGUGUCGGUUAACCCUGUAGAGAUCAUGACUGAGGCUAUAACUUCAAGCCAACAGGAAGUUGCAGCUCAGGCCUCGGGGAACACUGAGCUGGACCUGACACUCCUGAAAGGAGGUGACCACUCAACAGUUUCCACAAGUAUUGUUGAGUCAGGAGAUCCUGAGGUCACCUUCACUUCACCUUCAGAGGUUGAGCCUUACCCAGCCUUACCUUCUUUAGCUGAGCCAAAGGCCAUGGAUGAGACUGCAGCUUCCCCUAAGGAGAUAGAGCCUAUCCCUACAGAAUGGGAAUCUCCAGCUGAACCCCUGGAGGCCCUUCCGAUCACCCUUCCAUCUCCACCACGGCUGAAAGUGUCCGCUCAACAUCCGGAAAUGACUGUGGGUUCCAAAACCCAACCCCAAGUAUAUUACCUGACUCCAUCUCCUACUACAGAGGGUGUCAUUUCUUCGGAGCCCCUAACCCAACCUCCAGAGCCACUUCAAGAAUCUGUAGAUGAGGAGGCAAUAGUCCCCAAACCAGCUCAGGAGCAGGCUCCGUAUUUAAUAUUACCCAGGGUCACCUUUCAGCCUUUGAAGCUGCAGCUGACUAUAACUCCAGGACCCAGUGUGGAGGCUGAACAUUCUACAGCCCUGAAGACCACAACAACUCUGGACUCUGAGAUUUCACAUCCAGACCAGGUCCAGACUCACCAUGCAGCCCUGCCCAAGGUCACAGUUGCACACUGGGACCUGGGAAAUACCCCAACUCCAGAACUCAAUAUAGAGGUUGACCAGGCUCCAACCACUCAGGAGACCCCUGUGCAGCUUACAGAGCCAUCUACAGAGGUGGCAGCUCAACCUCCAGUGUUGCAAGAGGUGGCCGUUCCAACGCCAGCUCCACCUCAACCUCCAGUGACACCCAGUGUCACAGAUCAGACCUUGAACCUACCACCUACACCUACCAAUGGUCCAGAACCCACUGCAGAGGCUGAGCACGAAACCGCCCUGAAAGAACCUACAGGAACGAGUCCAGAUGCAAUUCUGACUCAGCAUCUAAACCCGAGUCCUGCUGUGGAGGUCGAACAUUCUACAGCCCCGAGGAGUGCCAAAACACCACCUCCAGGUGUCCCUGAGGUGACACUUCCACAGGCAGAGCUGGUUCAGGCGCAGCAUCCAAACCUGACUGAAGUCACAGUUCAGGCGUUUGAUAUUCAGCUGGCUUUUCAAUCCAGAAUUGCGGAAGUUGAAUCAUCUCCAGCCCUGCAGAAGACCUCAGCUCAGCCUCCAGAGCCUCCAUUGGAGGUUGUAGCUCCAAUUCAGCAUAUAGUGCCAGUCAGUGUCACAGUUGAAGCUGUGAAGACAGAAAUUUUCAAAAUCCCAGAACCCACCACGUUGGCUGAACAGUCUACAGCCCUGGAGACUACAUCAGCAGCACCUCCAAGGCAUUCUGAGGUGCCACCUACAUAUACAGACCAGAGCCAGACUCAGCAAGUCACAGGCAAUCCUCUCAAUUUAUCUACAGAGGUCAAGCCUACAACUAUUUCGGUUACUCUAACUCGGCCACCAGAGCCAACUAGUGAUAUAGUAACUGUAGCAACAUCAACCCGAGUCACGGGUCAACCUUCAGAUUCCCGAGUCACGGGUCAGCCUUCAGAUUCCCGAGUCACGGGUCAGCCUUCAGAUUCCCGAGUCACGGGCCAGCCUUCAGAUUCCCGAGUCACGGGUCAGCCUUCAGAUUCCCGAGUCACGGGUCAGCCUUCAGAUUCCCGAGUCACUGGUCUGCUUUCAGAGUUGGAGCCUAUCAAAGCUCCAGUCCCUGCUCCAGAGGUUGGCCCUUCUAAAAUCCUGAAGACUACAGCUCCACCUGCAGGGCAGUUUCCAACUUUGUAUCCUGAAGUCAAGGCUGCUGAGUAUGCUACCCAGCUAACUACUUUCAUUGAGUCAAAAGAAAGCACCCCCAACAGCACGGACAUCUGCGAGCUCUGUACCUGCAAAAAUGGAAUGCUGUCAUGUACCAAUCUCAGCCCGUGGCAGAAGCUCCACCAAGUGCCUGUGCCAGGAUCCUUCAGUGCCCACAAUGACACCUUCACCAUCUUGUAAGAACUACCCUUCCUCAGAGUUCUCUAGAUCUUGUCUGUCACAGUAGCCUUUUGCUCAAUACCUUGCUGGGCCUUCCUCCUGACUCAACCUGUAUUUCCUGACUUCCUAUCGUGACAUUUUUCUUGUCACCUUUCCUUCUCCUU